AGCUUGAUGGACAGUAAAAGAGCACAAAUGUGAUGAAACAGAACGCUCCUCUUCACUCCUCCCCCCUCCAUCACGGAAAAGGAAAAAGAGAGCAGGUGGGGCGCUCUUUGUGAAUGGUCUGUGGAUGGUCAUGUGAUGCAGCAGCAGUCACAGAUCCAAAACAUAACAUCGCCAUAGGUGAAAGAGUGUCAGAUUUUAGUGGAAGGGAGAAAGAGAAGGAAUACGGCUGUGGCAAGAUGCUGUAUUUAAUUGGCCUCUGAGAGAUGCUCUGUAUGAAACUGAUGAAGGGAAGGCAGGGGAUGAAUGAGAAAAUGAUAAAGGUCCAAGUGUGUAGAACAACAUACUGAUUUGACAUCACUUUUGGAAAGACUUCUACCUGAGUACGGAGACAUGGACUCUUCUUGUGGCCUCACAGACAACAGAACGUCUCCUCCCAACUCCCUGAAUGUGAGCUCACCUGGAGGAGGUGCAGCCAUGUCAUCUUCACACCAUACAAGGCGUACGCUGGUUGCCCCCGAGAUGAAUCUGUCCCUGGAUAAAAGUGAGGGAUCUCUGCUUUCGGAUGACUUCCUGGACACACCUGAUGACCUGGACAUCAAUGUGGAUGACAUCGACACGCCAGAUGAGACAGACUCAUUGGAGUUCAUCACCACUGGCAAUGACCUGGAGUGGGAAGAUGACACCCCAGUGGCCUCGGCCAAAGCAGGUUCAACUGGUGCUUCGGGAGACUUGGAUGAGGAAGGAAAUGCCAACAAUGGACGCCUCUGGAGGACCGUGAUCAUAGGAGAACAGGAGCACAGGAUUGACAUGCAGAUUAUCCGACCAUACCAGAGAGUCAUCACCCAUGGGGGUUAUUUUGGGGAGGGCCUGAAUGCCAUCAUUGUUUUCUCUGCGUGCUACCUACCUGACAGCAGCAUCCCAGAAUACCACUACAUCAUGGAAAACCUUUUCCUGUAUGUGGUGAGCAGUCUGGAGAUGUUAGUAGCUGAAGACUACCUGAUCGUUUAUAUGAAUGGAGCCACCCCCAGGAGUAAAAUACCUGGAAUUAGCUGGCUAAAGAAAUGCUACCAGAUGAUUGACAGAAGGUUAAGAAAGAAUUUGAAGUCUCUGGUCAUUGCUCAUCCUUCCUGGUUCAUCCGCACUGUAGUGGCUAUAUCCAGGCCAUUUAUCAGUGUGAAAUUCAUGAAUAAGAUCCAGUAUGUUCACAGCUUAGAAGAACUGGGCCUACUGGUCCCCAUGGAACACAUACAUGUACCGGAAUGUGUUACGCAGUUUGACGAGGAGCGGAUUAAAGCUCGUAAAGAAAGGAUGGAGCAAGAGCAGAGGCAGCAGCAGCAGUCAGGCCCACAAGAACCAGUUAACAAAAAAUCAGAGAGACCAAAGUCAAUGUCUGUCGAGCAAGGAAUAUGAAAAGGGAAGAACUCUGUGAAGAAAGCUCUGUCCCACGUGGAGCAUGCAUCCCUUCAUUGAAACUUCACAGAGGCAGUGACCCAAUCAGUCUAUACGUGCGUCUUUUUUUGCUCAUCAUUUUUUGAUCACAGUACUGUGGCCAAUGCAACAUCUCAUCUUUGACUCGUUUUUGACGAGAGGGGUGCAUUUGCAAACGAGAUCGCUGUUCCCUUGAACUUUAUUGGACUUUAAUGUUGGGAAAGCCUCACGCUGAGCA